ACGUGUUGCUCAUGCAUUAGCGUUCCACGUCUGCUGACUGCUGCAUUGGUACAGUAAUUAUUCCCAACAGACCAAUAGAAGCUCUUCGAGUACAGUAAGAAUUUCGCUAGCAACGCCAAGGUCAUGGGUUGGAUCCCAGGGGAUUGCACAGUGAAAAACAAAUGUACCAUGCAAUGUAAGUCGCUUUAGAUAAAAGCGUCUGCCAAAUGCGUAAGUGUAAAUGUAAAUGUAUUUGGGAAGUGCUAAAUAGGCCUUUUAUUUUGUGCGGAUGGAAACAUGCUUCUGGUGGUCUCUGGAGUGCCGCUCAGCCUCAGUAAUGCUUUCAUCUCAUCCACUUUCUUUCGUUACGCUAUUUGAAUAGAAAAUGUCUUGAAAUGUUGAAUGCCCAGUGUUGGUCACGAUAUCUCAUAAAACAUCUGUCCAAUGUCCAUUUCUGACCUUCUAGAACCCCCUACAAGACAAACGUCAGCAGAAAACUGAUCUAACUACAAAAUCUCACAUAUCUGCAGAUAAUGAUGUAAACAGCAGCUGGAUUUCUAAACACUUAAACGGCGGUCAUGAGAUCAUUUCUAACCCACAAAUAAACAUAAAAACCAUUUGAAGAAAGUGAAGAAAUGCAGUUAGUAAUUCUCACAUCUCUCUGAGAGGACACGUGAGGCAAUGUACUGUAGUGUAUAUGUUUCAAUCCAGACUUCAUUCCCGUACAAUAAAAACGAGGAGGAAAGCGGCGGCAGGAGGAGAGAUCAGUCUCUCGCUCAGAAUGACAUCACGUAAACCUUCAGCUCUCUCUCUCUCUCUCUCUCUCUCUCUCUCUCUCUCUCUCUCUCUUUAAAGAGACAGGCCGUGUCGAGCGCUCACUAAAGCUCUGGACAGCCGGAGCAGAACAUCUGUAUUUGCUUUCACAGGCUCCAUGGUGAAAGAGGUACGUGCUUCACUCCCAAAACCACACAAAUGUCAUUUCAACCAAAUGUUCUUUAGGUGUAUUCACCUCUUUAAAUUCUUUCAUCGGGAUUAGAUAAGAACUAAUCAAGUGUGUGCUUUCUUCGUCUGAAACGUUUACAAGAAAAUGUGAAUAACUGUGACUGAAUAGACACGUUGUAACGCGUCAACACAAAAGUAACAUGUUUAAAGUUUCAGUGUAAUUUCAAAGCUUUAAAAGCUUACUACACUUCAUUUAUUAGACAUCAAUAGAAAAUACUGUCAAUGAAAACAUGUUUCCAGCUUUUUAUGUUGACUAGUGUUUUUUGAUUUUCCCCAAAUUCUUUGUUAUGUUUUUAUGGAAGGCCAUAAAACCAAACACACUUAUCACAUACAAAACCCACAGAAACACUUUAGAGAUUAUUUGAAAAUGAUUUUCAGUUUUUCUCACUUUACUAUUUACAGGUAUGUGUUUAGGUCAAUUCGUCGUUUGUGUUCCAUUCUGUGAACUACCAGUAAUAUUUCUACCAAAUUUCAAACAAAAAUAUUGUGUUUAUUUGCAUUUAUUUUCAAGAAAUGAAAACUGGAGAAACAGGUGAAGAUAACAGUAAAGAUGCUCUGUAUUUCACACCUGAAAGACUGCAAAGAAAACAAGUUCAGAUUCACUCUUAAGCAACACAACAGUCAUAUUUCUUCAUGGGAAAAGCUCCAGUUAUUUUUAUGAUUUUUCUCUCACUUUUCAUGUGUCUUGUGUCUCAGUCUGUUAGAUGACUUUAUGUCACUCCUGAGGUUUGAUUUGGUUCAAAUCCAACAAACACUGGACUGAAAUGACCACAAUACCUCUAGACAUGAUGAUUACAUGAACAUUUGGAAUGAUCUCUUCCUUUUGUCCAGGUCCUUUGGACAUGUACUGUACACAAAUGCAGCGAUGCCAUGAAGAAUCCUUUUUGGAACCUUUCAGUCUUUUAGUCAAAAGUUCUUAUAAGAAUAACGUUUUUCUGACCUUUCCAGUAUAAAGUCUGUCAAACCUUUUGUGCAACUCGUUUUUCGUUCAAUCUUCUGUUCUUUCUGAAAUGUAUUCAAGUUUGUUUUUCCUUCACUUGUAAUGUCUUUUUGCUGGACAUAUUCCUCAAAUCAAUCUGGAAACAUUCUCGUAUUAUGCAACUCAAACACUCAUUUUCAUUGCCGGAAUUUACAAGAAAGACUUCAGUGUUAGUUCACCUGAAAACGAAACAUCUGCUCUCGUUUAGUCAUCCUCAAGCUUUUCCUGCAUGACUUUAUUUCUUCUGGGAAUUCCAAACAUGAAUGUUUUCUUGACAGAAGACACGGACAGAAGUGUGUUUGGGAAGAUUUGUUAUCGCUAAUUCUUCAUUCUUUUCACAGCAGAAACAUGCAGCAAAAGCCCCAAGAGACGACACCGUCCAUCUUUACUCCUCUUUCUCCCAGCGUCUCCAGCAACCUGACCAAUGAGACCCAGUGUCCGCACUUGGAGAUCUGGGACUGGUUAUACAUCAUGCAGCCCACGUACAUGUCCAUCAUCUGCGUUCUGGGAAUCCUCGGUAACGUCUUCGUCCUGCUGGUCUUCUGUCUCCACAAGAAAGCGUGCACGGUGGCCGAGGUGUAUUUGGGAAAUCUGGCCGCAGCGGAUCUCCUGUUGGUCUCGUGUCUGCCCUUCUGGGCCGUAAACAUAGCCAACGGUUUCGACUGGCCGUUCGGCUCGCUGAUGUGCCGCCUGGUCAACACGGGCGUCAGAAUGAACAUGUUCUGCAGUGUUUAUUUGCUGGUGCUGGUGAGCGGCGAUCGCUACGUGGCGCUGGUCCACGCCAUGUCCCGCGGGAGAAUGAGACGGCCGCGGUACGCCAAACUCAGCUGCGUGGCCGUCUGGUGUCUGGGGCUGGUUCUGAACAUCCCCACGCUUCAUUUCAGAGACACCCAACACAUUCCUGAGCUCAACGUCAAGGCGUGCGUCCUGAAGUACCCGAGCGCAGAGGUGGGCCUCGCGUGUGACAUCUUCCUCAUCUUGCUGGGUUUCAUCGUGCCGCUGUUGGUGAUUUCCUACUGCACGUGUAAGAUCAUUCGAGCUCUCCACGUGCAGGUUAUGGAGCGCUUUAAUGCCGAGAACACCGAGCGCAAGGCCACAUUUCUGGUGCUGGUGGUGUUGACGGCGUUUCUGCUGUGUUGGGUGCCCUUUCAUCUGGUGACCGUGCUGGAUAUUCUGCUGAGGCUCGGCGCUCUCGGUGGAUGCCACGUUGAAGCGGGUGUGGACAUCUCCAAUCAAAUAUGCACGUAUCUGGCUUUGAGCAACAGCGUGCUGAACCCCGUACUGUACGUCAUCGUGGGUAAGAACUUUAGGAAGAAGGUGAAAGAGUUAACAAAACAACUCACAGAAAGAAAAAAAGACACAAGUGGAUCUACGAGAUCACAAACCACAUCGACCAUGAAGACGUUCACAACAUUUUAGAUAGAAUCUGACGAGAUGGAGGAAAUAUAUUGAUCCUAGUUGAUAUACAUGACUGACGCUAGUGAGUUUUGUGUCAGGUAUGUUGAUGAUGGAGGUUUUUUAACGAAUGUGGAAUUUUACACUCUGAACAUGAAUGCAGUGUUUCCUCCUCUAUUCUAAUUCAUCUCACUUUAUUCUGUUCAUUCUGUAUCGAUGGGAUGAGCAAAGAUUGUAAUUGACAAAUGAAAACUGUUUGACACAUAUGACGACAUCUGGACAGAACAUUCAGAAAAUAACUGAAAAACUGAUUUUCUUUACAAAACUACAAUUACAGACUUGUUUAUUCUGAGAUGCUUUUAACGGGCUGGUCCCUUCAAGACCCUCACUGGUUCUGAGUUUGUUUUUCUACAAUUCUGUUCUUCAUUUUUUUAUAUAUGUAUAAUGAAUAAUAACGAAUGUAUGUUUAUGUUAACUAUAACCAGUUAAAAAUGGCUGUCGUUUUAUUAUUGAUUUAAUUACACAUUCUUGUGGAAAUUGUAAUCUUCUGUUUAAUGAACCACGUUACCGGAAUGAUUCCCGUAUCCAAAUAAUAACAUUUUACUAUGACUGCUUUAAAAACAAAAGUCCAAAGAAGGAUGAUGUGUGCAGACUGUGUGUUUUAAAGAAAAUGAAACAAUGUGUCACAGUCUUUCCAGUGUUUCCUCACUGUGUGGUUAUGAAUAAACGGUGUUUUUCCAGCCGUGCCUCGUCACAGCGAGACUGUGGUUGGUAAUACAGAAAGUCUAAAUGACACUUUCAGGAAUUCUGCGUGCGUGUUUGGAAUCUACGGUCUGUUCUGUCUAUUCCUCUUUAAAACACAAUAAAAUCUCUUGGCCAUCUUUGGUGUCUGUCAGUACUUUUGCACCAGCGUGUGAA